AUGUUAGAUAUUCUUGUUGUUAAAAAUAGAGAUCUUUUUUCUUUAUACUUACAGGAUAAUGACUGGCUAGUAGUUAAUAUUAUGAUUCAAUUACUUGAACCAAUCUUCAUAGCAACUGAAAUCUUAUCAAUCUUAAUGUAUCCUACUAUAAGUGACAUAAGACUAACUAUAAUUAAAUAUUGGGAACAUAUCAAUAAGUCAACAACAAUUGGUACUUUACUAGAUCCACAAUCAAAAACUAAAACUUUUAUAGAUAUGAAUCAGCGUGAAAAUGCUAUAACACUUUUGCAUAACCGAAUAGAAUUAUAUAAGAACAAUACUGAUAUACAAUCUGUUCAUAAUUUACAAACAAAAAAAAAUAAAUGA